GGCCAUUGGAGUUUAGGGCAGCUUUGCUUCACAUCCAUUGAAAGCUCAGAAGGCGGCUGUUUUCUUAAGGGCAAAGGUCCGCGAUAAGGAGCUCACCGAUACGACCUUUCCUCUCGCUCUCGAAACAGAUGUGCCUGUCAGAGGCGCCAGCCUGGCUUCCUCGCUGCCCAUUUCGCGCACCCUCUUUCAAAGCGUUUAAGGGUGAGGCAUUGGGGGCAGCUGAAGAAAUCCAGUUACCUAAAAACAUUCAACAGCAUGAAGCCAGUUAUUGUUGUUCAUGGUGGAGCUGGUCGCAUCUUUAAAGAGCGGGAAGAUGGAAGUCGUUCUGGUGUCAUCAGAGCAGCAUUGAAAGGUUACAGUAUCCUUAAACAAGGAGGAACUGCAUUAGAUGCAGUUGAAGAAGCCGUGAUAUUAAUGGAAGAUGAUCCACAUUUUAAUGCAGGUUGUGGCUCUGUGUUAAAUGAGAAGGGCGAAGUAGAAAUGGAUGCUAUUAUCAUGGAUGGGAAAAAUCUAGCCUCAGGAGCAGUAUCAGCCGUGAAAUGUAUUUCUAACCCAAUAAAGCUUGCUCGUCUUGUAAUGGAAAAGACAGACCACAUGUUGCUGACUGACCAAGGGGCCUCUGCCUUUGCUAAGGCCAUGGGAAUUCCUGAGGUUCCUGGAGAAAAAUUAAUCACAGAGAGGUCGUUGGAGAGGUGGAAGAAAAACCUUGAGGCUGACUGGAACCCUCAAGAAUGUCAAAAAGACCUUGGAACAGUUGGAGCCGUUGCUAUCGACAGUGCAGGAAAUGUAGCUUGUGCAACAUCAACAGGAGGACUUACUAACAAACGGCUUGGCCGUGUUGGUGAUACAGCAUGCAUAGGAAGUGGUGGUUAUGCAGAUAAUAGCGUUGGUGCCACCUCCACCACUGGCCACGGAGAGAGCAUUAUGAAAGUGAUCCUGGCAAGACUUACUCUUUACCAUAUGGAGCAAGGAAAAUCACCAGGAGAAGCUGCUGAUGCUGCUCUAGAUUGCAUGAAAACCAGAGUUGGAGGCUUAGGUGGCAUCAUUGUUAUUAGCAGUUCAGGAGAAUGGGCCGCUAAGUUCUCUACCAACCAGAUGUCGUGGGCUGUUGUGAAGGAUGACCAGCUACAGUCUGGCAUUUAUACUGGGGAGAGGAAUACGCAGUCCGUUGAAGAAACUCUCGCCUCCAUUGGAUCUUAGAAACAAGGAAGGACACUGAAGUUGUGCCACAGGAGGAAGAUCAUGGAACUGAAUCUGCAUCCCUCCCAGAAUGAGGCAAGCACUUUUUCCAGGGUCAAUGCCUUGUGAGCUGAGAGUACUCUAUUAGAGUUUCUCUUCUAGAUUGUGUAUGUUUAGUUCCUAUUCUAAUUUGAUUGAUAAAAUAAUUUUGACUCAGUAUGUAUUUCAAUUUUCAUUCUUCUGAACAAAAGGUUCUUCAGAAACUUAUCGAUGGAAUUUCAUCAGCUUCUUGAUAUCUGAUACAUUUGCAUGGUAUCAAAUGAUAAUGUGAAGAGAUGCUUAUCAUUCAGAAAAUGAAUAUAAUUAUAAGAUUAGUAGAGGGGACUAUACGUACUGAAAUAUCUGUGAUUAUCUCAUGUUUACAUAUAAAUUAACAUUGCACUAUUAAUUACUCUCUUUAACCAAACUUGAAUAGCUUUCUUUAAGGCUUUCUGUAUGAAAUUACAGUAGUGUUUUGUGGAAAACCCAUUUUGAAAUAUUAAGAGCUGAAAAUGAAAAAUAUAUUUUGUCAGUAUAUAUUUUUCAAAAAGUUUUGCGAUUAAGAAUUGUGUAAAUGUUCAUAUUAUUGAUCUAAAUCUAUUGUUCUGUGACUACGGUUUAUUAAGAAAAAACUAAACAACAGUGUAAAAAUCCAAAUAAUUUUAUAAUAAAUUUGUUCAUACGUGUUGACUUAAGCCUGGAAUUAAUGUACCAUGUACCAUGUUCUCAGGAACACAACAAUUUAAAGAAAAUCAUAGUCAACAUUUAUGACGAUACAUUGGGAUGGAGACGGGCAAGAUUUUAUUUCUUUGAUGCUAAAGUUGGAUGACUGACGUCAGGAUAUAAAGCAGUAAAGGGAAUUAACAGGCUAUUUUGCACACUGGUCUUGUUCAAUAAGCCAUAUGUUUGGUUUUUCAUGUUUUCCUAGACAAAUUUAAAAUAUUACUUUUCUAGAAUUGUAAUAGAUGCCUAUCUCCGCCACUUUCCGUUAAACUGAAUCUUAACAGUUCUUAUUUUCAACAAUAAUUUAUUAUUUUGAUCAGCAGGCUUUGGGAUGCUAUUAUCCUAACUACGUAUUAUUGAAGUAUAACUAUUAAUGCCUGCCUUUUGAUCCCAGAAUUUAUAUCGCGCUAAAUUCUGAUCCUGGAUAGGGGUGUCAAACUUGUGAGCCGGAUGCGUCACGCACUGGCCACAUCCAUCAUUUUAGCGAAGGGAAAAAAGUUGUAGUAUGUCACGUGACAUGUCGUUGCGAGUUUGACCUCUGUUCUACAGUGUUAUAUAAGUUAAUAAAUCAUUCCUAGUUUUCCAUAAUCAGUAACUUAGAUUAUUACACUAUUCUCACAAUACUACUAAAUACAUACAUACACACACAGAGGGAAAGUUUGAUAAACUUAGGAGUUAGUAGAUGCUUUGUACUUCCCAACCCUCUUUGUAACAGAUUAAGGCACUGAUAGGAAUUUAAUGGCAUUUGUCACAAAGAUCACACACUAUUCAAACUCUCUGGAUUAACUUUUCAGAUGAAUUUCAGAGCAUUUGUCUUCGAUUUGACUUGACCACAAAUCCUUCUUCUGUAUUUCAAAAGUACCAUAUUUUCUUGCAUUUGCUGAAUAUUGUUGCAGUUUUAAAGCCUUGAAUGUCUGAUUGCUAAUGCUUUACUAGUUUCAAUCAUGUACUAAUGCAUUGUAGCAUAUAGCUCAUCAAAUACUUGGCUGCAUCAGGCAAAAUGAGCAAAGAACCAUAAUGCAUAUAUAGCAACAUAGGAAGCAUUUCCUUAGCAACACUAAGCCUUACAAAAUAUGCCAUUUUAUGUAGAUCUUACUUUAUCUAAUUUUACUGAAAAAUAAAGUCCUAUAAGCUAAUAACUUCCAUACUUAGUCCCAAUUGUUAUUUAGCUUUUGUAGCUCUGUAUUUGUAACGAUAUGACUUACAGCUUGAAAUAGAUUGCAAGUUUUAUUACUGUUUUAAUAUUGUUAAAGUGUAGGAAAGGCAAUGAAAUGGUCAUCUUAGAGCAGUGGUUCUCAACCUUUAUAGUGCUUCGACCCCUUUAAUACAAUUCCCCACGAUGUGGCGACCCCAACUGUAAAAAAGCGGCAAACUCUUUUUUUGAAUUUAUCACGCCUGAAGCCGUAUUGGCUAGCGAUCUGAACUGCUUUCGAUUGCCUUGAGGACAGAGGCAUUAAAGCGGAGACUCCUCCCCUAUUAAGUUUAUCACACCUGAAGCCAGAUUAGGCUGGCGAUUGGGAGUGAUUGCAGCUGUCUUGAGAGGGAGACAUCAGAGCAAAGAUUUCUCUCUUUUUAAUUCAUCGUGCCUGAAGCCGAAUUCGGCUAGCGAUUUGAAGAGCCUGCAGCUGGCUUGUGGAGUCAACCAUUGGAGCGCGAUUCUUCGACUUGCAAGUAUACUUGCCAUAUUUCCAAUGGUCUUAGGCGACCCCUGGUAAAUUGUCAUUCGACCCCCAACGGGGUCGCGACCCACAGGUUGAGAAUCGCUGUCUUAGAGGGUCAUAUUAAUACUAAAACAAUAGAACAUUUAUUUUGUAACUAGAAAAGAGCUCUCUACCACAGAGCCAAAUGUUCAAAUAUGAAAUUUAUUUUUAUUUUUACUGAAAUAAUGAACAAUGAAUUCCGCUUGACAUUUUAAUGUGUGAAACAGGAUUUAGGUUUAUAAAUGCCUAAAUGUAUUAAAUUUAAAUUUAAUACAUAAAAAUGCUAAAUAACAGUCAAAUUAAGAAACUAUUCAGUAUAAGAGACCAUCUCUUUCUGAUUAUGUCUGCCUAUCCCAUCAAACCCAAUAGAAAGAGUAUGUUGCAGAUCCUGUCUAAUAAGGAGUUUCACCUGGCAGGAGCCAGGAGACAAACAUGUGGCUCCAAUUAUUCAGUGAACUACAGAAUUGAUGUUAUUAGCAAUUGACAAAUCAAUAUCUUAUCAAUACAGAUUAGAUAUAUAUGGUUGUAACAAAUUAUGGCUUCAAUUUGUUGAAAUGUUUAAUGUAUAAUUGUGAAUGCUUAAUGUCUGUGAAUAUAUGCUCUGUAUGAUGAUUUUAGGGAUCCCCCCCUUCUUUGGGUAUUGUUUUAUAUGUAGGUACAACAAGAAUCAGAAUAUGUAGUGAAUCCUAUCACCAAGAUAAAUUAAUUAAAAAAUAAACCUCAAUUGGAGAGAAAGCCAAGUUGGUUUUAUUUUCUGCUUCCAGUUAUUGGUGAAGAUACUCUUUGAAAGGUUCAAACUAUGAGGAUAAUAAAAAAUAUUAAGAAAAACUACUACUUUAAGAAAAACUUAAAUGUAGUAACUCAUUCUCCAUAUUGGUGGAGACAGCAGCCAGGAAUGAGUUGUACUUGUCUGUUGUUAAGUCCUGCCCCAGUUUCUGGGGGUUCCAGCUUUUGACUCAGUCCUUCAGACUGGACAGAUGUGUUGUGAGUUUUCUCCUCCUUCCUGGAUUUAUUUUCCACCUAAUUCUGGACUUUGCCUUUUGAUCUUCAUCUGUGAGUUGGGGAAAUCAAUUACUUCUCUAAUUGAGAAUUCCGUUUCCCUGGCAGCUGAAGCUUCGGCUCUUGCUGUGGCCAGGGGUCUUUCAGCUGUCUGCAGAACAAUUUGACCAGUUCCGCUUCAAUUCUGUUGAGCUGCAGGCGUUCUGGGAUUUUAUUUGUGGAGUUUCGUGCUCCCGAAGACAGCUGAGAGUCAGAUAGUGGAGUUUCACACUCUCCAGACCAGCGGGCGGCAACAGUUAACAGCAUUUGCCGAGGGCUUGCCAGGUGGCCAUUUUUGAACAGCGUGUGCACUGCCUGGUGUUAGGAGAUUGCUGCGGAGCUGCAUGCUCCCAUUUGGCCAGCCUGCUUGUGGCCUCAGCCCUCUGAUUCCCAUGAGUGAGUGAGGCGGAGUUAACACACCUGCUUGAAUAGCCGCUACAGUAUUAUACAUUUUAUCAAGAAGUCUAAUUCUAUAGCAUUUCAUAUCUGAUGACAAAAAAAUGCUUUUUUAGUACCAUAUGCGAGGGAAUGUGGCAUCCAUGGAUAUUUUUUUAAAAAUGUAUCUUUUCUCCAGAAACCAUUGCAACUGCAGAAGGUAGACCCACAAUCUUUAAGCUUUGGCUUUAAGAAACUGCACACGUGUGGCACUCAAGUGCCCUUAUGGAUUCUGUUGGCUUUCAAAUACCAAUUCCUAUACAGUUGUGCUACUUAGAAUACUUUGAAGUUACUUUUAUUUCCUCAUUUUCUUGAGGCACAGCUUCACUGGAACUUGAAUGCCUACCUUUCAAAAGAUGUAACUCUUUCCUUUCUAUGCCCGUAAAAUUUUUGCAAACAACUUCAAGCUGGACAGAAUUCAGUGAUGGUAUUAAUAAUUAAGGGGACGUGGUGGCUCAGGGGCUAGAACAUUGAGCUUGUCGAUCGAAAGGUCGGCAGUUCAGCGGUUCGAAUCCCUAGUGCUGCCGUGUAACAGGGUGAGCUCCCGUUACUUGUCCCAGCUUCUGCCAACCUAGCAAUUUCGAAAGCACGUAAAAAUGCAAGUAGAAAAAAUAGGAAUCAUCUUUGGUGGGAAGGUAACAGCAUUCCGUGUGUCUUUGGCGUUGAGUCAUGCCGGCCACAUGACCACGGAGGCGUCUUCGGACAGCGCUGGCUCUUCGGCUUUGAAAUGGAGAUGAGCACUGCCCCCUAGAGUCGGCAAUGACUAGCACAUAUGUGCGAGGGGAACCUUUACCUUUACCUUAUUAAUAAUUACUUGCAUUUUAUUUCAAAGAAAAAAUAUUAUAAUUUCAUGAAUUCUUUAUAACACCUCUAGUAUGAGAAAAAAUAUCUAAUAUUCUCCGUGCUGUUUUAGAAAAAUAUUGCUAAUUACUACCUCUAUAGAAGAUGUACCCAUGACACAGAAUAUUCUCUGCUAUACUAUUUAAAAGGCAGCACUCUUUAUUAAUUUUGCUGCAUUACAAGUUUGCGUUUUUUGCAAUACGAAAGUACUCAGACGCAUCACAAUCAUUUACUCUUCUGUACUUUCAAUCAACAGCUGGUUUGCAUUUAUCAAUAUGCAGAGCUCCUCUAAAAGAUUUAUAAAGGAUGCUCAUAGCUUUCAUCAAAUUAAAGGCCUAAAGCUUUACAUAGUUUGAACAUAAGAUAUGUUAGUCAAUGUUUUUUUUUGGUGUUUUGGCUUCUUAAGUUACUAUACAUUACCUUCAUGCACCUCCAGCUACUACUUUUACAUGCAGCCCUCCUACAGAUAGUCCUCGACUUAUGAUAAUUGAGUCCAACAUUCCUGUUGCUAAGUGAGAUGUAUGUGAGUUUUGCCCCAUUUUACGACCUUUCUUGCCUCAAGUGUUAAGUAAAUCAAUUAGUAGCACAAUUAUUAAGUGAAUCUGGCUUCCACAUUGACUUUGCUUGUCAUAAAUAUGAGUCAGUUGCCAAGUGUCUGAAUUAUGAUCACGGGGAUGCUGCAACAGUUAUAAGUGUGAAAAGUGGUCAUAAGUCACUUUUUCCAGUGCUGUUGUAACUUAGUAGUCACUAAAUGAACUAUUGUAAGUUGAGGACUACCUGUAUUGAAUAUAUUUUUCCUACUUUGCAUCAAGAGUGUACCACACAGGUACAUUUAAAAAAAAAUUAAAGUAGCUUUACAACAUUAAAAAUAGCCAGCGUCUCAUAAGAAAAGAAAGUAUCAUAGGAUUUGGGCCUUUUUCAUUUUUGUUUUAAAUAGAGGUCUUUUGGAUUAUCUAGAGUCCUCAUGAGCCACAACUGAUAACUCUCAGUCUAAUAUUUUUAGAUAAAGUUUCCCAAAAUCUGAGAAUCCAAGAAUAAGUCUCAGCUCAUGCAAUGGCUAAUGUUGAUUUGUGUUGUGGUUUUGUUUUUUACCAGUGCGGAUUAAGUGCAUACCGUAUAUACUCGAGUAUAAGCCGAGUUUUUCAGCACGUUUUUUGUGCUGAAAAGCGCCCCCUUGGCUUAUACUCGAGUCUACCCUUGCAGCUGGGCCGGCAGGACGAGCCCAAAUGCUGCCGGCAUGCUUUGCCAGCUCGGCCGGCUCGUUUUGGGGCGGCGGCUGGCCUCCGGCGUUUUCUUCCGCCGCUUUUUGAUGGCGGCGGCGGCGGUGGUCGGCGGAGGGGGCGGGGGGCGGAGGGGGCGUUCGACAUUUUCGCCCCCCUC